AUGGAGAGAGCAGUACUAAACAGUCUAAGCAAGUUUAUAUUCAUUCAGCUCUGGAUUGAAGUGGCAAUAUAUUUGGUAACCGUGUUGAGCAUGGAUGGUGGAGGUGUCAAAGGUAUAAUCCCUGGAGUUAUCCUUGCUUUCAUUGAGGCUGAAUUGCAGAAACUAGAUGGAGAGGAGGUGAGAUUGGCCGACUACUUCGAUGUUGUUGCAGGAACGAGCACUGGCGGCCUGAUAACCGCCAUCAUAACUGCUCCUAACAGCAACAACCGUCCUCUCUAUGCUGCCAAGGACAUUGUCCCAUUUUACCUUCAGCAUUCUCCAAAUGUAUUCCCUAAUGAAAACAGAAUGCUUGGGUCAGUUGUACACUUUUUCAGUACGGUGACAGGACCCAAAUAUAGCCGGCACUACUUUCGCUCUCUGGUGAAAAAACUUCUUGGAGAUACCAAAAUCAGCCAAACAUUAUCAUCUAUUGUUAUACCUACCUUCGACAUGAGGCUUCUUCGACCUAUUAUCUUUUCAACCAGCGAGGCAAAGAGGGAUGCUUCAAAAGAUGCUUUGUUAUCAGAUGUGUGCAUUAGUACAUGUGUUGCCCCAACGUAUUUCCCGUCUCAUUACUUUAAAACAAAAGACUCUGAAGGAAAAGUACUCAAGAGAUUCAACCUUGUAGAUGGUGGAGUUGCGGCCAAUAAUCCUACUCUACUAGCAAUGACUUCCAUAACGAACGAUUUACUAGAUAACAAUGAAGACUUGGCACCCAUCAGAGCCAAAGACUACAGAAAAUACAUAAUCAUAUCUUUAGGAACGGGAAAUGCCAAGAAUGAAGAAAAAUACAAGUCUUCAUUAGUCUCUAAAUGGGGUGUUUUAGGGUGGUUGUAUUAUGGAGGUAAUGUUCCUCUUAUUGAUGCUUUCUGUCAAGCAAGUGCAGAUAUGGUUGACAUCCAUGCUUCCACUCUCUUCAGAGCACUCCACUUAGAGGAAAACUAUUUACGCAUUGUGACAGAUGACUUAGUCGGGAAUACAACAUCAGUGGAUAUAUCGACGAAAAAGAAUAUGCAAAAAUUGAUUAAGAUAGGCCAAGAUAUACUGAAAAAGACUAUGUGUAGGGUUAACUUAGAAACCGGAAUUUCCGAGGAGAUUGAAGGAGCAUGCACCAACGAAGAAGCCUUAAUCCAUUUUGUUAAGAUUCUCCCUAAUGAACGUCCGGCCAGGCUAGCCAAAUAUACAUUCUAG